GGUUCCGUCAACAAUGUUCCGAGAGUGACAUCGUCUUAUGGUCAGCGACGGGAUGAUGAAGUCUCUCAGCUGCGUAGGUAGUCCGAUGAGUUGCGUAGAGAGUCUGCUGAGCUACGUCACGAGUUGAGCUCGACGUGAUCUCGUAUGGGUGGACUCGAGGGCUUCUUGGACGUUGUAGCGGCCAAAAAUCCGGAAUGGGAGACCUUGUUGAGGACCAUGCGACAACGAAAUCCUAUUCCAGGCGAGUCAACAUCCGACACACAUGCCAAGGCGGAUGUAACGGCGAGGAGUGAUGAAUUCUACCGGCGAUUAACGACCCUUAGUUCUUUUUAAUUUCGGUUCUUGUAUUAUGAAUUCAAAACUUAUUUAUAUAUAAAAUAUUUUGGUUUUGAUUUUUUUAGAAUUUUAAUUUUAUUAAUAAUUUAAAUUAUUUAAAUUAUUUUUUAAUUAUAUUUUUUUAUAUUUCUGUAAAAUAACGAAACGAAGUAAAUUCGUAGCUAAUUUUGUGACUUCUUUACGUCGAAGCUUAACGAGGUUUUUACGAGGAAAGGUUUACAAGGAAAUGACGUGGAAAUUUCCGUGGUCUUUACGAGGAAAGCUAUCAAGGUAUUUACGUUUACUUUACGAGUAUUUACUUUCAAGUUAUUUACGUGGGUUUUACGAGGAACGGCUUUCGAGGUAUUUACGAGGAAAUUUAGCGACGUCCUUACGUGGAAGCUUUACGUGGUCUUUACGACCAAAUAUUCUUCUUCGCUUUUACGGCGAAAUUAUUUCCUCGCUAUGUUACGACGAAUUAGCGAGGAUAUAUGCGUUACGACAAACGUAUAACGACGAAACGGGUUUCCUCGCUAAUUACUCGUAACACUGAUUUUACGACGAAAUCACGAGGAAAACUGCCCUCGUAAAACUUGUGUUUUCUUGUAGUGUUCCUUUGGAACGUAAUGGAACGUCCCAUGUGGAUGCUUUUGAUCGUCACGGCCCUUAACUGGAUCGCAUGGUUCCCGUUUCUUUUUCUCGACACUGAUUGGAUGGGUCGUGAGGUGUACGGUGGAAGUUCAGAAGGAGACGAUAGGAUGAAGAAACUGUACAACCAAGGAGUACACUCUGGUGCGUUGGGACUUAUGUUUAACUCUAUUGUUGUUGGUUUCAUGUCACUUGGUGUUGAGUGGAUUGGUCGGAAAGUGGGUGGUGCUAAACGGCUUUGGGGGAUUGUGAAUUUUAUACUCGCCAUUGGUUUGGUUAAUUAUGACGGUUCUUGUUACAAAGUUGGCGGCGGAUUACCGGAAAACCGCCGGUCCUUAUGCCGAACCGUCACCUGGUAUUAGAGCUGGAGCGUUGAGUCUCUUUGCUGUUCUUGGUAUCCCAUUAGCUAUUACUUUCAGUAUUCCGUUUGCACUAGCCUCCUCCACAAUUUCAAGCAGCUCCGGCGCCGGCCAAGGAAUUUUAAAUGUGGCGAUUGUGAUACCACAAAUGAUAGUAUCACUGGGAGGAGGACCUUUCGACGCCUUAUUUGGCGGUGGAAACCUACCAGCAUUUAUUGUGGGAGCAAUCGCAGCGGCGACCAGUGGAGUAUUAGCGUUAACCGUUUUACCUUCACCGCCAUCAUCAAAUAACAAAAAAAAAGAAUGCAUAAAGUUAAAGUCUAAUAACCUUCGGUUGUCGAAAAAAAAGGUUGUAUGUAUUUUCACCCUUCACCUAGUUUAUUGUUCUUGUUACCGAUUAUCAAUUUAAAAUAUAUAUUUUUCUUA